UUCCCCCACGAUGGCGUCUAUUGCCGAUGACCGGCAACUGGAUCGAGACGCCGAGAGAGAAGCUGCGAAAGUGGCACCCAUGUUCGACAUGGUCAGUGACGCCGGAGGUGGUGGUGACGAUGGCAAUAGCGAGGAGGAUGGCUCGUACUGCCUGAUUAAAGGCGUGAGCCACCUCAGCGACCGUGGAUUUACCAGGUUGCCGGACAGGUAUGUCCUGCCGGUCUCUGAGCGCCCCGGCGAUGUGUCCGGCCGGUUGAAGCUCCCCGUCGUCGACCUCGCGCGCCUGCGCGACCCCUGCCAGCGCGCCGCCGCGAUCGGGACGCUCGACGCCGCGUGCCGCGACUACGGAUUCUUUCAGGCCAGUACACCACACAGGGCUCUGCCUGUGGUGAACCAUGGGGUGGAGCGCGAGGUGAUCGCCGGGCUGCUGGACGUGGCGCGGCGGUUCUUCGAGCUCCCGCUGCCGCGGCGGGCGCGGUACCUGUCGGCGGACGUGCGGGCGCCGGUGAGGUACGGCACCAGCUUCAACCAGGCCAAGGACGCCGUGCUCUUCUGGCGGGACUUCCUCAAGCUCGCCUCCUGCCAGCCGCUCCACGCUGCCGUCGCGUCGUGGCCCGACGAGCCGGCUGACCUCAGGGAAGUGACAGCCAGGUACGCCAUGGCGAACCAUCAGUUGUUCAUGGAGAUCAUGGAGGCGGCACUGGAGGCUUUGGGCAUCGCCUACUGCCGCAGCCUGCUGCGGGAACUUAAGGCGGGGUACUCUCAGAUUAUGCUUAAUUGCUAUCCGGCAUGCCCACAGCCGGAGCUCACGCUGGGGCUGCCGCCGCACUCGGACUACAGCCUCUUCACGCUCCUGCUGCAGGACCACGUCGAGGGCCUCCAGGUCAUGCACCAAGGCCGCUGGCUCACCGUCGAUCCAGUCCCAGGAUCUUUCGUCGUCAACGUCGGCGACCACCUUGAGAUCUACAGCAAUGGGCGGUACAAGAGCAAGCUCCACCGGGUGCAGGUGAACUUGACCCGCCCACGCAUCUCAGCGGCUUCCUUCCACAGCGUGCCCGUGGAGCGAGUUAUUGGACCGGCAGCGGAACUGGUCGAUGAGGGAAACCCUCGGCGGUACAUGGACACCGACUAUGCCACGUUCCUUUCCUUUCUUGCAUCGGGCGAGGGCAAGAACAAAAGCUUCCUCAAAUCUAGGAAGAUAGCAUGCUGAUCCACUCAACAAAUAAUGACAAUAGCUAAUACUUCUCGCUCUAUUCAAAAUUGUAGGUUAUUUUGGCAAAUCUGGCUAUACAAUUUUUACCAUAUAUCUAGACAUAGUGUUUAUCUAAUUGCAUGGAAAAAAUUAUGUAUCUAAAUUUGCCAAAACGACCAACAAUUUGGAACUGAAGGAGUAUAUAGCAAUGCUAAUGCACUCAGAGGUUGAUUCUAGCAGUAUGUACGUUGGUGUUUCGAUGGCAAGGGGUAGUAGUAUCAACAUGCUGGGCUUACUACUUGGACUGUAUCAGUAUUUAUAGUACCUAAA